CUCAUUCACACACAGACACACACAUAUCCAUUCCAUUCCAAUAUACAUGGCUCAAGACCAGGAGCUCCAUGGCCAAAACUUGGCCCUCACCAAUCCAAAUCGGAGGGUGGUCCGCCGUACAAUCCCACUCCGUCGUCGUAGGGUGCCGGCGAUUCGCCUAGGAGGAAAGAGGCCGGGAAGAGUUGUGGGGUUGAUAGGGAUAUUGAGGAGGAUUAAAGUAAGAUGGCUGAAAUUACGAUACUUGUACAUGUUGAGGAAGCUGAGGGAGUAUUAUAGGAAGACGGUUAAGGAGCUGAAGGAAGCAAGUGCCACCAUCGAAGCUUUCCAGCAAAGGGCUCUUCUGGAGACUUCUUUUGCUUUACCUGUUAUGGGUGUCUCCUUCAAUAACUAUCCUGCUGUGGCUGCUUCAGAUCGUCCUCGAACACUUAUCAUGUAGAAACUUUCUAGUAUUCUCUUUCAAUUUCUUUCUUAUUUCCUUCCCAAUUAUCACAAUUUUUUUUUUUUUUAAAACUAUGUUCAACCAUUUAAUUUCUUUCAGAACAAGUGUCAAUGAAUUGUAUUUUGAACCAAUAUAAGAGAAAAUAUGAAAACAUGCAAGUUGAUGAAAUUAUGGCUCAGACAAGGGGAUGAUCAUUGAAAGUUCAAAUUAGGACCCCAAAAAAAAAGAAAAAAAAAAUGUUGAUCAAAUUAUAC